AUGAUUUAAUGUAUUUCAAGACAAUCAAACAUCAAAGUAAUUAAUCAUAAAUAAUUAAUUGCGAAAAAAAUAAAAAAUAAUGAAUCCAAGUCGCAAAUAGUAGAGUCUCCAAAAAUCGAAGACUUAAAAUAUUUAAAUAGUGAAGAUGCACAUUCGCUCCAAGCAUUAAGAGAAAACAUAUUCAAAAGCAAUUCACCCCUCGAACUUAUAAACNGGAGAGUACUCUUGAGAUUAUUACUUAGAGAUAUGAAAAAUUAUUAAAAGAAGUUCUGGAUCAAAACUAUCAUGUUUAAAAAUCUGUAAAUAGAUAUUAUGAUUAAUACAAAAAAUAUAAAAUGAAGCCUUUGUUGAUAAAGGGUUAUGCUACUCCUAAAAAAUAGGAAACAGAUUUUAAAUCUUAACGAAUUUAAAAGAGAUCAAUUGAAUCUGGUCCCAUAUUAAGCGAUAUGGGAAGAUAUUCUGAACCAAUUAGUAGAAACCCUUUAACAUAAGACUAUUUAAAUUCAGUAAGAUCAAAACAAGCAAAGUGUAGAACAUAAAAAUAAAGCGACAUUAUUCUAAGUGGAUUUAUAUCACCUAAAUAAUAAACUAUUGUCAGAAAACAUAGAAGUUUAAAAAAUUAUGAUCCCUCAUUGCUGAAACCAACAAUCUUAUAAAAUUUUUAUGAUUCUAAUUUACGGAUUAAUCAUAGCACUAAAAAAGCGGGUUGA